CUGUUGAUUCUAAUUGGAUCUUGGAGUUGUGGAUUUCUGGUUGAGAUAAAUUGACGAUUUAAUUGGGUGUUAAGUUGUAUGUUUGGGAUUUUGGUAUUAGAAUGUUGAUAAACUGAAAGGGGGAUUAAAGAAAUUGAGUAUUUGCUGCCUUGUUAACUCGAGCUCUUAAAAAUAGAAGAAGAAUUUGAUAAAUUUAGCUUAUUUCUGAAUUUUCUUCGCAGCAAAGGGACUAUUAAUGAUAUAAAAAAGAUUCUUUUGUGGACAUUUUGUUAUCAUUUUAGUGAAAUUGAAUUUUUUUUUGGAUAGUGAAAGUUUCUGGAAAUCAAUUAUCAAUUUUAGAUUUACAUGGAGCGAGUAGUUGAUUCGGCUUUCUAGUACAAGUAUUUUUGUGUUAUUUGGCUUUUUCAUUCUGUAUUCAUAAAUGGUGCUUUUGUUUUAUUUUUUGCCAUAUGUGUUUUCAACCUUUAAAUGGCCUUUAUUCCUCUUUGAGAAAGUUUACAUCGGAUAAAUUUUGCCUCUUGCAGUAAUAGACAGCUGGUGCCUUAAUUGAUUGGUUUUGUAGUUUUGAUUGAUAAGUCAUCACAGCCAAUUGAGCCUUCAUUUUCAUUGUCAUCUGCAGUAUAACAUAAUCUUCUUUUAAAUUAUUGUCUCUACCGCCCAACAGAGCCUUAGAUGUAACAUUCCUUUCCUAUGAUCUUUUUUAGAGAUCUUGAAUUAGCAUUUGUAUCUUGGUGCAAUGAGAACCCAAGGUUGUCGGCAAAGCAAAGCUCACUACCCAUCUAAUCCAAUCUAGUCUUAUGUGUACUUCUUCAUGAGUGAUAUGUGCUUGGCUCUUGGCCUAUAGCUCGAGUGGAUUAUCUUGCAUCACCUGCAACAAUUGACCUGGCUUAUUCUGUAAUUUUAGAACAUACAACUGCUGAAAGGGAGCGCAGGACAUGCUUGAGAAAAUUUAAGAAACCCAAAGAACGAAGUCAGGAACCUUCUCUGCUACUUGCAACUGCACAAAGAUGCUGAGACAAUACAUGAAGAAUCUAUCUCUUCUGACUGGUCUUCACUUCUAUAAUCCUCAUAGAGAGAUGCAUAGUAGAAAUAAGAAGGCGAUGGAGUUCAUAGCGAAGGGGUGGAGCGCUUUGAAAGAAGUAGACAGAGUCAUUGAUUACUGCGAACUCAAUGAUCGCCGCCUCAUCCCGCUCCUCAGGACUGCAAAAGAUAACUUUGAAUUGGCUUUGGAGGCUGACAACUCAAAUACCCAUGCUAGGUAUUGGUUGUCAAAAUUGCAUUUGAAGUAUCAUGUUCCUGGGGCAUGUAAAGCUAUAGGAGCUGCUUUGUUAGUGGAAGCUGCAGACAUGGGUGAUCCUGAUGCACAAUAUGAAUUGGGUUGCCGUCUAAGAGUUGAGAAUGAUUAUGUUCAAUCAGAUCAGCAAGCUUUCUAUUAUUUGGAGAAGGCUGUUGACCAGUUGCAUCCAGGUGCUCUUUACCUUCUCGGUGCUGUAUAUUUGACAGGGGACUGUGUGAAAAAAGAUGUUGCCUCAGCUUUAUGGUGUUUUCACAGGGCAGCAGAGAAGGGCCAUGCUGGUGCAGCUGUAGCGUAUGGAUCUCUCCUUCUUAGAGGUGCUCAAGUCCCAGAAUCAGUAAUGAAAUUCAAUUUGAAGCGGGGUUCCUCUGCCAAAAAAGUUAAAAAUGCUGAAAGCUAUGUGAUAAAUCCAGUAGAGAUGGCAAAAGAACAGUUCCAGGUUGCAGCAAGAGCGGGGUGUGAUCUUGGAUUAAAAUGGUUGCAAAGACUCGAGGAAGAAGAGAAACAUCUACUUGCUGAGAGCAGCUCUAAGGAUCUCUCUCAAACCUAAAUUACUAUACUUAUCAUGUAAUUUGUCAGAGCUCAAAAGCAAGUACUCAACUAAGAUACAAAUUUCAGCAAAAAUUCCACUCUACGCUACAAUCCGAUUGGGGAGAUUACUUUGGGACUGCUACCACAAAGAGGAAGAUACAAAACUCUCAGUGGUAAUGGCUAAAAGAUUACAAGUUUGAACCCUAAUUGCAGCCCAAUUAAUCAAACAAAAGGAAGAUACAAUAUACAAGACUUUCGCACUUUCUAGUUGUAUCUUCCAUUUUAGUUGCAUAGUUUUCCUAGUUGGAUAGUUGGCAGUAUAAAAAGCCCCUCUGCUAUAGACCAAGAGCAGUGUACAAAGUACAAGAAUUCUCUUUGUUUUUGUUGGGUACCAAAUUGAUAAUUUUGUUCACACAUUCUAAUGGAUUUUCUUUCAGUAAA